GAUCACUUCCCCUUGUCGUGAGUCACUUCCGGGUUGCGGUCCAAGAUGGCUCAAACGGUGCAGAAACUAGUUUCUAAAGUGCCUUCUUUAGUGGGAGCCGCUGUCACAUAUUCCAGACCCCGGCUGGCGACCUUCUGGCAUUACGCCCGUGUGGAGCUCGUCCCUCCGUCUCCCGCUGAGAUUCCCAAAGCGAUCGAAGCCGCGUCAGGACUCGUCAAGAGCUUCCAGGCAGGUCGUGUGGGACAAACUACAGUCAAAGAUGCACUGAGAAACGGACUGGUGGCCACGGAGGUGCUGAUGUGGUUCUACAUCGGAGAGUGCAUCGGUAAAGGAGGGCUGAUUGGAUACAACGUCUGAAUGUUUGGUCGCUCGCCAUCCUCCAACGUGUCAUUCCUCAGCAAUACCAAUGUAUAAAUAAACAAAUGGCUAUACUUUGAA